CGGAAGCCAGCCGCCGGAAGUGGCCGUUGCCAUGGAGCCCGCGGAGGACUGGCUGGUGGAAUCCUUGCGCUUGUACCAGGACUUCCACGCCUUCGACCUCGCUGGAGCCACCCGCGUCCUCGAGUGGAACGGCGACAAAGGCGUCUUUGUGGCUGGCUACGAACAGCAGAAAAAAAACGAGAUUCUUCACCUGCUGUUACCACUCAGACUUUCUGCCAAAGAAAACCAGGGCCUCUGCCCAGAGCGAGAUUUCAGGGUGCUUCACGGAGGUUUCGCAGACAGUCCUGUCUUUGAUCUGAAGCGUGUGCCGGACACCAGGUUACUGGUGACCAGUGGCCUUCCCAAUGGCUCUCUGCAGGUGUGGCAGGCUGCCGAGGACAGUGAUGUCAUCAGAGUUGGCAGCACUGUGCCCGGGCAUGAGGAAGAGAAGGGCCUCUGGGCUAGGAUGGCCGUCUUCUCGGUGCCAUCACCUAGAAUCCUCCAUGGGGCACGGCUCAGUGGCCUUCGGGUUGUGGACUUGGAGUCCUGGAAGACCACAUAUACCUCAGGUGUCAGUGACGGUGCACCACUCAGCAGCCUGCAGGCCUUGGAUGCUGACACCUUUGCCUUCUGCUGCACCUCGGGCCGGCUGGGGCUGGUGGACACCCGCCAGAAGUGGGCACCAUCGGAGAACCUCAGGCCCAAUCUAGGGGACUGGAGCUGGUGUGCAGAAGUUAGAGAUAAGGGCCAGGACCCAGGAGCCAGCCUGGCCAGCCUGGGCUCUGGUGGGCAGCUCUGUCUUCUGGAUGCCCGAGACCUUAGCCACCCGGUGAGCUCCGUCCAGUGCUCGGUGCCCACGCCCAGCCCUGAUCCAGAGCUCCUGCGAGUGACCUGGGCCCCAGGCCUAGACAACUGUUUGGCCAUUUCAGGUUUUGAUGGGACAGUCCAGAUCUAUGAUGUCACGUCUUGGCAUGAAACGGGGAGCCCAGUGGAACCUCUCUUCACUCACAGGGGCCACCUCUUUCCAGAAGAUCAUACUGUGGACACUGCUCCUCUUGUGACCACCCACACCUGGCACCCCCACAAACCAAGAACUUUGUUAUCAGCAGCAAGUGAUGCCUCUCUGCAUGUGUGGGAUUGGGUGGACCCCCGGAGCUGCCCCUGACACCCACAUAAUUCUGCCCAGGCCUCUGGGAAGAAGAGGCUCCACAGUGUGGCAAAGUCAUUGACUUAGGAUCCACUGAGUGACCUGGCUUCCAGCUGAGGGACCAGGUAACCCACCUUCCAUCGCUGUGAAGGGAGGGUAUGACAACAACCUGUCAGAGUUACGGAAAAAAC